AUGCAAGAGGGGAAGCUUCAUCUCACGGUCAUUCACAAUAUCCUGAAUCGUGGAUAUCCAAUGCUUGGCAAUACCAGUAUUGUUGAUGCACCGCAGGCCUUGAGCGUACAGGUCCACGCGCCUCGGCCUACAACAGGUGACGGGGCGUCCCCAGCCCCAACGAGGGACACGGCAUCCCCAGCCCCAACGCCCAGGGCGUUCCCAGCCCCAAGGCCGUGGGCGUCCCCAGCCCCAACGCCGUGGGCAGCCCCAAAGCCCCGGGCGUCCCCAGCCCCAACGCCGUGGGCAGCCCCAAAGCCCCGGGCGUCCCCAGCCCCUCCGAGGGAGGAGAAGGAGGACAGGGCUCUCCCAUUCAAAGCCCCCCUCCUCCCGGAGCCGAGGGACAGUGCUGAGUUGUGCCCCCCUGGCUGGCGGGGCACACUCAGCACUGGCCAGCAACAGUGGAUCGGCCGGGUGCUCUUCGUGUGGAAGAACAACCGAGCGGAGGUUCGUCCAGAUCUCCAGCUCUGGUACGAGCCUCCGCAGCCCCGGCCGGUCCACAGCCAGCCACCCGCAUCGCCAGACGCCUUCUUCGCUUGUCGGCUGUUUCUCUGGAUGCCCGUUCGCUUAUGGGCAUUCAAGCUGACAUGCCCCCAGCCUGCCUGCCAAGGCAACAUGCACAAGGCUGGGGUGUACACCAAGACUAUCCGGAAAGUCUUAGACAUCAAUGCUUGGUAUCUCAUGGCCACUGAGUACCUUGCAUGCUCUCUUUGUACGAAGAAGGUUGUGGCAUGGUCGCAGGGCAUCGUGAGGCAGCUGGACGCAGCACACCGCUGCCUGUUUCCGGCUGUCCUCACCUACAAGUUGUCCUGCGACCUGCGGGUUGUUUCGAUGCUGAGGGAGUGCGCUUUGGGGAACAGCGCCACUCAGCUUCACACCAAGCUGUGCAAGAGCCACAGCGAAGCCUGGAUGCGGCGCGCAAUGCAGUAUCUCGACGAGUGCGAGCCCUUUCUGGGCCGCCUUCAGCGGAGGACGAGGGCUUCGAAGAGGCGGGGGAGGACGUGGACCCCACCAUCUUCCACGUCGACCUCUUCCCGCCUCAGCCACACACCGCCUCAUCCUCCGGCCCUACGGCGGCCUCUCGGUCGGGGUAUCCCGCUGGCGCACCCGGGUCUGGUCCAUCGACGUCGACAUCGGUUCCGAGCACCCCCCCUGACGACCACGGCAUCGCCCCUCCUGAGGCCCCGGACGCAAAGGCAGACGCACCUCAGCGCUCCUCCUCCGACUCUGAGGUGGGUGUGUGACCUUCCGGGGCUAUCCGACAGCAGGGUAGACAGGCUGACGGCGCUCUGGCACACUCUGCCAGAGGCCGACAAGCGCCGCCUGGUCUACCCUGCCAGAGACCAGGAGAGGCUAGUCAGGGGGAGGUUCAAGACUGCAAAGACUCCCGGCGUGGCCGGGAGAGAGUCUUUAGCACGAUGCAUGCUCGGAACAGCCUCCGGCCCUGCAAACUGGUCGGACGCGAGCCGCCUGGUCGAGGCCGUUUGCAGCCAGCUCUGCCGUCUCCAACCCAGCGCCGCGCUGUCCGCCGGUGUCCGGAAGUCGCGGUGGACCCUCGUGCUGGCGGACUACGCGGCCAUACGAGAGGCAGUGCUGAACAGCCGGAGGCUGAUGGACCAGACCCAGCUCCAGCUCUUUGAGCUAAAUCCGAGGACCCUGUCCCAAUGGGGAGAGCAAUGUACGGCAUGCGUCAGAGGGAGUGGGCAGUCCUUCUUCAAGGCCUGGCCCCAGCUCCCGGGCCAGGCCUUGCCGCCCAGCCUCGACGUCCCAGGACAUUGCCUGGCCACCCGCCGCUCCCCGGGGGAUCCGAUUGAGCCGCUACUUGGCCGUGACCCAUAA